GACAAACACGAUUUUAAAAAGAUUAUAAAUGACUGAAGUGGUUCUACUUUGUCUCCAUACAACACGUUAACACAAAUGAAAUACUAGAGACGUACAAUCGUAGGCAGUAUGAAAAGUCACGUGAUGGCAAUGUCACCGUUAGUGUCAAUACGUUCCAUAUCUGAGGUGAGCCGAGCCGAGAUAAUUAAACUAGGGAAACUUUCAAUUUUUUUUUACCAAGUAACAUCGUCAAAAAUGUCGCUUUGACCAAAAAGUAACUCGUCAAGUUGGAGUGAAUUCAAAUUCGAGCAUUCAAAAUGGAACGGGACAAAACCAAUCCUGAAGAUGAUGCCUUCAACGUUGCCUUUCUGGAUACCAAAAAUCAACAAAACAGAAAAGACGCGAGAGUGGAAAAAUCACCUUUAUUUUUCUCCAAGAGGUUGCUCAUCAGCAUAUUACUAUUUUUAUGGAAUACUGUCAUUUGGGUGAUAAGAAACAAUAUCAAUGUAGCUGUUGUCGAAAUGACGUCUAAUAAAACAGUUCUUCAAGGAAAUCUGACCACAGCAUCGCUCCCAGAAUUUCAAUGGGAUUCCAAAACGAUCAGUUUAGUUCUCGGUCUCAUACAUUGCGGAGGUCUAUUGUCAUUCACGAGCGGAUUCGUGAUAUCCAAACUAGGAGGAUCGAUGAGCUGCACUUUAUCUAUGAUAAUAUGUGGUAUUACAACGUUUCUGUAUCCGAUCUGUUUACGAUACAAUUUCCAUCUAUUUUUAGUUUUUCGUCUGGUUACUGGAGUAUUCUUCAGUCUGUACAUCUCGUGUUUCUCUGAAAUAUUCGCAAGAUGGAUACCAAAAAGCGAACGAUCGAUGCUGAUGACGUUCUGUUAUGGUGGUUUUUACAUAGGAGCAAUAAUCGUGUAUCCUAUUUGCGGUUCUAUUGCCACUGAAUGGGGAUGGCCCAUGGUAUUUUACUCUACAGGUUCUAUUUGUACGAUUAUGGCGAUUUUGUGUCCAACAAUUUUGAAGAGUGAUCCUUCCCAAGAUAGAUCCAUCUCCAAGAAAGAACUUCUUUACAUAAUAGACGGUAUUGAAACCAGCUCCAGCAAAAAACAAGUUGCAUUUCCGUAUAAAAGUAUUCUAACAUCUGCGCCUAUUGGAGCACUUUGUAUGGCAAACAUUGCCACAUUCUGUGGACUGACUUUCUUACUGGAUUGCCUUCCUCUGUACAUCAAAACUAUCACCGGAAAUAACACUGCCAAUGUAGGGAUGAUUUCAUCAAUUCCUAGCAUCGUUACUACGUUUAUGUAUUCAUUCUCAGGGGUAUUGAUAGUAUAUUGGAAAAAUAAAACCAAUAUUUCAUCAACUUUGCAUAUCUUUCAGAUGUAUAAAAUAUUAAUGGGAGUCGCACUCAUCACUCAAACGGCGUUGUUUUUGGCUCUUACACUUGUAUCGAAUUUCACUAUCAUCAUGCUGAUAAUAGUUGCAAUACGAUUAUUUACUCCAUUCAAUAUUUUAAUCGUGCAACUGAUCAUAGUCGACAUAGCGCCAGGCUACACCGGCAUGAUCUCAGGAAUUGUAGCAUUCUGCGGCUCAUUCAUCACCAUAUCAACACAAAUGACCAUCGGUCACAUGACACCGAACCACAGUUUGGAGGAGUGGAAUCGCUGCUUUGUUUUGAUAGCCUGCUUGUUGGCAAUUUGUUCCGCUAUAUUCACUUUGUUUGGAUCCAGUGAUCCUCAACCAUGGUCAUUAUCAACCACGUUUAAUGAAGAAAAAGGCAAAUCUUUGCAUACGAGUGUGAAAUUAAUUAAAAAAUAAAAUUUCCAAAGAACA